GGCGCGGUGGCGGCGGCCCCGGGGGAGCGGGCGCCGCGCGCGCUCCCAUUGGCCGCCCCGCCGUCAGCUGCUCCUAUUUUCUGCUGUCGCUUUUGGCGCUCGGCCAUCCAGAAACAAACCACUUCGAUGACUACUAAUAGUUAUAGCCAGAUGUACUAAUACACAACAAAUCACGGUCCGGGAGAGGGAGAGCAAAUGAGUUCCUAUUUCGUGAAUCCCACUUUCCCCGGGAGCCUGCCCGCUGGCCAGGAGUCCUUCCUCGGGCAGAUCCCCCUGUACCCGGCGGGCUAUGAUGCUCUGAGGCAUUUUCCGGCUUCGUACGGGGCGAGCAGCCUGCAGGACAAGACCUACACCUCACCUUGUUUCUACCAACAGUCCAACACCGUCAUUGCUUGCAAUCGGGCUUCCUAUGAGUACGGAGCCUCUUGUUUCUAUUCAGACAAGGAAAUUAGUAGCGCCUCUCCCUCCGGCAGUGGCAAGCAGAGGGGACACGGGGACUAUCUGCACUUUUCUCCCGAGCAACAAUACAAAUCUAACGGCGUGCAAAGCAAAAUUGUGAAUGACGAAGGCACCGACCGGAAGUACACGAGCCCUGUUUACCCCUGGAUGCAGCGGAUGAACUCCUGUGCCGGUACAGUAUAUGGAGCUCAUGGGAGACGAGGGAGGCAGACUUACACCCGCUACCAAACGCUAGAGUUAGAGAAGGAGUUCCAUUUUAACAGAUACUUAACCCGAAGACGACGCAUUGAGAUUGCGAACGCUCUCUGCCUUACCGAGCGCCAGAUUAAAAUAUGGUUUCAAAACAGGCGGAUGAAAUGGAAAAAGGAAAACAAAUUCAUAAAUUCCACACAGCCCGGCAGCGACGAAACAGAGGAAAAGUCAGGGGAGUAGAACCGUGUUUAAUAAACGCUAGCAGGCCCGUCCUUAGCACUCGCUGUUAUAUUGUUAUGUACCUUGUGCUCAUUCUGCUACUAAAAUCCCAUAGGUUUGUCACAGCCUAUUAAUCCCCACGGGCUGAUGUACAUCUGCGAUCAGCCGGGACUUUCUCUAAGACACGCACGUGUCCGAGCUUUCGAGCUACGGCCGUGUACGUAGAUAAGAACCACUUUUGCCACGAGUAGAUGGCAUUGCUUAAAACAUUAAGAGACCUGGCCCGAAUCUUAAAUUAUUUGGGUAUUCGUCUGCGUGCGGGAGAGUGUCCCCGGGGUUCCUGCGUGAGAACCGACCCGCGGGGGAAUGUUGUUAUUAUUAUUAUUUUUUUUUAUGCGUGUGUGAUUGUGAACGUUCGUAUUGUGGAAAUAUGAGAGAUUGUAGAAGAUCUCGGGUUUAUCUUUUUACUAGCUCCCGCUAUGUCGGGCCGCCUCGAUACGAAGUGUUAGGGAUUUUAUGGUCCGUAGGGGAGGGGGAAAAAGUUUUACACGAGUAUAAGGUAUUUAAAUAGAAAAAAAAAGCAGAAAAAAAUCUUGUAAAAAAAUCGUUGUAUAAAAACUUGGGUAUAAGCUUGCGGAUAAUGCGAAAAUGAAUAGCAGGGAGAUUUCUAAAUGCCACUAAACUGACCCCAGUCUGCACUACUGAUACCGAGUAAGAGCUCGGCGAUAAACUUUAGGGCGAGCGAAGGGGGAGGCUUUGAAGGGGCGAAUUUCUGUGGUUCCCGUUGAGCUCGCACUGAGAUUUCGGUGAGCACAGUUCUGCACUGAAUUAUGGACUUCUUUUCUUGGGGAUUCGAGGGUUUGGGUCCGUCUUUCUUUCCUUUCUUUUUUUUUUCUUUCUUUCUUUUUUUUCUUUCCCUCUUUUGAACUAAAAGGAAAGUGUCUGUCAUAUUAACUCGGGGAUAUUCUUCCCCGCUUUUGUGGUACUUUAAUUUACAUCCGCAUUUCCUAGCACUGGAAAAAAAAAAAAAAAA